UCCGGCCUCUUGCUACACAGCCUACAACGGUGAUGGCCGGCGGACAGACUGGUUGGAGCCAGGCGGCUCUUCUCCAGUUUCUUCUUGGCAUUUGCCUAACGGUGAUGCCACCCAUACAGGCCCGGAGUCUGCGCUUUGUUACCUUGCUGUAUCGACAUGGAGAUCGGUCACCAGUGAAGACAUAUCCCAAGGACCCCUACCAAGAAGAGAAAUGGCCCCAGGGAUUUGGUCAGCUAACCAAGGAAGGGAUGCUGCAGCACUGGGAGCUGGGCCAGGCCCUGCGGCAACGCUACCACGGCUUUCUGAACACCUCUUACCACAGGCAAGAGGUUUAUGUGCGAAGCACAGACUUUGAUCGUACUCUCAUGAGUGCUGAGGCCAACCUGGCUGGACUCUUCCCUCCCAGUGCAGCUCAGCACUUCAACCCUAACAUCUCAUGGCAGCCCAUCCCUGUCCACACCGUGCCCAUCACUGAAGACAGGUUGCUGAAGUUUCCUUUGGGUCCAUGUCCCCGUUAUGAGCAGCUGCAGAAUGAGACUCGGCAGACCCCAGAGUAUCAGAACAGGAGUAUUCAGAAUGCACAAUUUCUGGACAUGGUGGCCAAUGAGACAGGGUUUACAAACCUGACCCUGGAGACCAUCUGGAAUGUGUAUGACACGCUCUUUUGUGAGCAAACACAUGGGCUGCUCCUGCCGCCCUGGGCCUCACCCCAAACCAUGCAGCGUCUGAGCCAGCUAAAGGAUUUCAGCUUCCUCUUCCUCUUCGGGAUCCAUGAACAAGUGCAGAAGGCCCGGCUUCAGGGGGGAGUUCUGCUGGCUCAGAUAUUGAAGAACCUGACCCUAAUGGCAACUACCUCUCAAUUCCCUAAGCUUCUGGUUUAUUCUGCGCAUGACACUACCCUGGUUGCUCUGCAAAUGGCACUGAAUGUCUACAAUGGGAAACAAGCUCCCUAUGCUUCCUGCCACAUAUUUGAACUGUACCAGGAAGAUAAUGGGAAUUUCUCAGUCGAGAUGUACUUUCGGAAUGACAGUAAGAAGGCACCCUGGCCUCUGAUCCUGCCUGGCUGUCCUCACCGUUGCCCACUGCAGGAUUUCCUUCGCCUCACAGAGCCUGUCAUACCCAAGGACUGGCAGAAGGAGUGCCAGCUAGCAAAUGAUACUGCAGACACAGAGGUGAUUGUGGCAUUGGCUGUCUGUGGCUCCAUCCUCUUCCUUCUAAUAGUGUUGCUCCUCACUGUCCUCUUCCGGAUGCAGGCCCAGCCUCCCGGCUACCACCAUGUUGCAGACAGGGAAGACCAUGCUUGACAACCACUCAGUCCCCUUCCCUCUGCCUCCUAGGGGAGGUGGGCUGAGUCCUCGCUCCCGACUCUUGCUGAUCCGAGCCCAGGGACAGGUUUAGCCUUCCUGAUUACUUAUGCCCAAAUGAAUGAGUGAGGCUCGGCUGGGCACACGACACCUGUGACUCGCCAUCUUCAUGCCUGAUGUUUACCCCGUACUGUGUUGGACACUGGCUUUCUCUAAAUGGGACUUGCCUCUUCUAUACUCCCUAAGGACAUGAGAUAUAGACAAGCAUUCAGGUUUCACUCAAGACCUGGGAUUCAAAAACAAAACAAAAUCACAACAAAAAAUCCCCCAAAAACCUGAAGAAGCUGGUACUUGAUCUGCCUUGCUCUUCCAAGCCUUGCUCUUUAUCUUCUAGCCCACAUCUUUGGCGAGUGGCUUGGAGGACAUUGUCCCUUGGUACUUUUUUAGAGGCAAAAACUGCAAAUCACUAGGAGUGUAAAAUAUGGCUGUCGAGAACCAGGGUCAUCCAACAGCAAAGUUCCCCUUUGGCUGAGGCUACUGUCAGUGUCAACCUCAGGCAGGUCUGAAGGACACUUGUGCUGUUCCUGGAUGACAGUGGGAGGACACAGGUAGGAGUGAAACACAUGGAAUCAUGAAGUGACUCUCCUCAGCUGGGCUGGACUCUUCAGGGACAUGAAGUAAAUGCAGCUGGUGAACCAUAUACCUUGACUGUGGCCCAAAAUAGGGCUGAAGGAGCUCCGAGGAAAUGAAGGUUUGGACUGUGAGUGCUGGUUCUGUGCCUUUUUUCCCUUCCCAUUCCUGACAUCCAAGGAGCACUCUUACCAGGUCAGUACUAGGUCUACUCAGAAGCACUGUUGGGUGUUUGGGUUUUUAGUUAGACACGAAGGAUAUGCUUUUAUUGUCCAUGUCAAGAUUGAACAUAAAAAUUUUAAAAUUCCCUGGUUAUUCUACUACUAUACAUCAGAAAAAAGAAAAGUACCUUGGCUCUAGCAUAAAUUUGGCCUCCAGGUUAGACACAGCAUGGACCCUGAGGGUAGUUGGUUUACUCUUUAAUUUUCUGGAGCAAAAUCUAGAGCAGUAAUGUUUCAGUGUCCUAGUCCCACAGUAUCCCAUGCCACAAGUGUCCCUGCUCCAACCCUAAGAGAACAGCUGCCACUUUUCACAGAACUUGCUCCUGUCUGUGGGAUCCAGUAUCGCUGUCCCACACCAUCUUCAUAGUCUUUUAUGACCUUUCUAUGACCUAUCUUCCUCUUGGUUCCAAAUGAGAAUAUGAUAACCUAGAAGAAACAAGAACUCUGUUUGAUGCUUUCUGUUAUUGGUCUGUCUCAGAGGUUGGGGCUGUCUUGAGGAACUAAAGACUGACAUUGCCAUGACCAAAAUAAAGCCAAAUGAGUGACCUAGGCCAGAGA